AUGGACCCUACUUCUCGCCCUACCGUCGUCAUCGACAACGGUACCGGUUAUUCUAAGAUGGGAUUUGCGGGUAAUGUAGAGCCGUGUUUUAAUCAACCAACAGUAGUAGCUCUUAACGACUCGUAUCUAAAUCAAUCCAGAGCUUCUUCAAAGUUAAAUAUGGCAGCUCAGUAUUCAGCUGGGGUAAUGGCGGAUCUUGAUUUCUUCAUUGGAGAUGAAGCACUGUUGAGGUCUCGAGCGAGUAACACUUAUACCCUUAGCUAUCCUAUUAACCAUGGUCAAGUGGAGGAUUGGGAUGUCAUGGAACGGUAUUGGCAGCAUUGUAUAUUCAACUAUCUACGGUGUGAUCCUGAGGAUCAUUACUUUUUGUUGACUGAGAGUCCACUUACUAAUCCUGAGAAUCGAGAAUAUAUGGGCGAAAUUAUGUUUGAGACGUUUAAUAUUCCGGGUCUUUAUAUUGCUGUGAAUUCUGUGCUUGCUUUAGCAGCUGGGUACAGUACAUCUAAGUGUGAGAUGACAGGGGUGGUAGUGGAUGUCGGAGAAGGGGCUACGCGUGUUGUACCUGUUGCAGACGGUUAUGUUAUUGGGAGUUGCAUUAAGUCAAUACCAAUAGCUGGACAAGAUGUUACUCUCUUCAUACAGGAGCUCAUGCGGGAAAGAGGAGAGAAAAUGCCACCUGAGGAUUCAUUUGAAGCAGCUCGGAAAGUGAAGGAGAUGUACUGCUAUACAUGUUCUGAUAUUGUCAAGGAGUUCAACAAGCAUGACAAAGAACCUGCCAAGUUCAUCAAACAAUGGAGGGGUAUUAGACUGAAGACGGGGGCACCAUACGCCUGUGAUAUUGGUUAUGAACGAUUUUUAGGUCCUGAGGUUUUGUUUAGCCCCGAGAUAUAUACCAGUGAUUAUAUAACCCCUUUACCAGCUCUAAUAGAUAAGUGCAUUCAGUCAGCACCAAUUGACACAAGAAGAGCUUUAUAUAAGAAUAUUGUGUUGUCUGGUGGAUCAACCAUGUUCAAAGACUUCCACAGAAGAUUGCAGCGGGAUUUGAAAAAGAUUGUGGAUGCCCGAGUUCAAGCAGCUACUGCUCAUCAUGGUGGGGAUAUAAAAGCAAAACCUGUGGAAGUUCAUGUAGUGAGUCAUCCUAUCCAAAGAUUUGCAGUUUGGUUCGGAGGUUCUGUACUAGCAUCAACUCCGGAAUUUUUCGAGGCGUGUCAUACAAAAGCAGAAUACGAGGAACAUGGAGCAAGCAUUUGCCGCGUGAAUCCUGUUUUUAAGGGGAUGUAUUGAGGCAAAUAUCCAUUUUCAGCUUAGUAUUAAAAAAGUCUUCUGGUGGUUUGCUACUUCAACUUCCAUUAUUCCCGCUUUGCUCGGCGGAAAAGCCACGAGCCAGUCUCAAUUACAGUGGUCAAAAAAGUUUUGACACUCAUUCUUUAACUAGGAGUUUAGGUAAGCAUUUUACGGAAGUUUUCUUCUCAUCACGGGAGUAGGGUGGUUGGUUGUGUUUUGGUGGAGCAGCAGCCAGCAGGAAACUUGAUGGUGAUUUUAUGCGAUUAUUCCACCUGUGAAGUUUCUGUUAGAAAGCUAUAUUUAUUGACUACUAUUGAUGAGUUAGAAAUAUUUG